AUGAACCAGACUUUGAACAACAGCAGGACCGCGGAGCCGGCCCUAAACCAUUUCCGAGGGAGCGUGGUGUACACGGUAUACCUGGUGGUGAGCACCCUGGCCAUGUUCACCUGCCUGUGCGGGAUGGCAGGCAACGGCAUGGUGAUCUGGCUGCUGGGCUUUCGCACGCGCAGGACCCCCUUCUACAUCUAUAUCCUCAACCUGGCGGCAGCCGACCUCCUCUUCCUCUUCUGCAUGGCCUCCAUGCUCAGCCUGGAAACCCAGCCCCUGGCCAGCACUGUCAACAAGGUCUACGAGCUGAUGAAGAGGCUCAAGUACCUUGGCUACACUGCGGGCCUGAGCCUGCUGACGGCCAUCAGCACGCAGCGCUGUCUCUCCGUCCUCUUCCCCAUCUGGUUCAAGUGUCACAGGCCCCAGCACCUGUCAGCCUGGGUGUGCACCCUGCUCUGGGUGCUGUGUCUCCUGAUGAACGGGGUGACCUCUUCCUUCUGCAGCAAGUUCUUGCUAUUCGAUGAAAAGUGGUGCUUCAGGAUGGACAUGGCCCAGGCCUCCCUCAUCAUGGGGGUCUUUACCCCCUUGAUGACUCUGUCCAGCCUGACCCUCUUCGUCCGGGUGCGUAGGAGCUCCCAGCAGUGGCGGCGGCGGCCCACUCGGCUGUUUGUGGUGACCCUGACCUCUGUCCUGGUGUUCCUCGUCUGCUCUCUGCCCCUGGGCCUCUAUUGGUUUCUGCUGUUCUGGUUGCGGCUGCCGCCCGAGGUGAUGUUCCUGAGCUUUGGCUUGUCACGCCUCUCCUCGUCCGUGAGCAGCAGCGCCAACCCCGUCAUCUACUUCCUGGUGGGCAGCCGGAGGAGCCACAGGCUGCAGGGGUCCCUGGGGGCUGUGCUCCAGCGGGCGCUUCGCGAGGAGCCCGAGCUGGAAAGUGAGUAG